UAAAUCUUUUGAAAGGGAACUUAUUACUUAACGAUACACAUGACCGUUGAUUCUGCAACUGAAGUGCGGCUACUCUUUUUCCCACAGUAAACGCCGGCAAAUCGGUUCCAGUGUGCAACUGAGGGGGUAACCUAAAGGAGCGUCGUCUCGAGGAGACGUAAUUUUUCUUUUUCUUGCCGUUUUCCUUCGCCGGAGGCAAGAGGCAACAGUAGACAGGCAGAGAGGCUUCAGCAUCCAGCAUCACGCGAUACAGUACUCGUUGACAGAAAUCCAUUGAUGCAGAGACCAUGACAUUACCUGAUAAUGCUUCUGAAGACGUUGAGAUCCAGCAAUCUUUGGGCGAUGACGGAGGGGAUCAUAUAGCUGUGGCAGUGGAACGCGACGGAGAUGAUUCAGCCAAAGAUACUACUACUCCUUCUGACAGUCUCUCUCCAGACCAGGCAACAGAAGACGCAGAAAAUGGCGAAUCAGGAAUUACCAAUGGAUCCAAGAAGAAAAUGGAAACAUUGGAAAUCGAUGACCAAAAUGAAAACGAGGCGGAAGAAUCCUUCGAUGACGACGAAAUGGACGAUCUUUUGGGCAACAGUUCCUCGGAAAAACCUUCGAUGCCGCAACGACGGUGUUGCUCAGGUCCCGAAAAAGUGGGAAAUAUGCGCAUCUUACUUCCUACCAUCUUUUACAGAACGGGGUGGGGAAUUGCAGGUCCACAUUGGUUUGGCCCAUUCUGUGUCUUGUUUCUGGUCGGGUUGGCAUCCCAUUACUUUGUCGCGAUCAGUGUGAAGAGCAUCGGUCCCAUCACGGCAACAAUCUGUGUUAUGUUUGCGGCUUCUUGUGCUUACAAUCUUGCGAAUUGCGCGUACCGAGAUCCAGGAGUCGUCAAGCUGCAGCCAGCAACGUCAGGGCCUCAAGAUACCGAUGAUGAUCAACGAUUGCAAUUCAGGUGGUGCGAUCGAUGUCAGGUUUUCCAACCAGUCGAUGGAGCACAUUGUUCAGACUGCAAUGUGUGCAUUGCUGGUUUUGACCACCAUUGCGUUUGGAUGGGCACUUGCAUUGGGAAGAACAACUACAAGCAGUUUGUUGCAUUCAAUAUCAGCUGGCUCUUGUAUCUGAUAUACGCAAUAACAUGGGUUUCCGUCCUGGGACCACUGAUUUUUGGGCGUCAUCCAAAGCAUGAGGUAUAGAGAAAGAAGUUAAUUAAAUAAAUUCUAGUAGUAGACCGGCAGGCAAUCCAUAGAAAGCCACCCAACCCAAUAGCCGGCACAAAUGUUAUCAGCCGGAUGGUACUAGUAUGUUGAGACUAGGCU